CCCCCACCCUCUUCCCCCUCACGGCCCCUGGCUUCCUUCACCCACUGGUCACUCUCUCCCUCCGUCUCGCCGCUGAUUUCCUUGUCCCUCAAACUUCCACCUUGGAUCUAAUUUUCCUCUUUUCCCCUCCACCUUAUCUUUAAUUUUUCUCUCCCUCCCUCAAACCUCCACCUUGUGUCUUAGUUUCCCUUUCUCCCUCAAACCCCUCCCUUGUCUGAUUUCCUCCCUCCCUCAAGUCAAAGACUUCCACCUUGUGUCAACCCGCUUCCCCCACCCUUCAUAUUUCCCUGGCUUUUCUUCCUUGCUUUCUCCCGUCCCUUUAAAAGAGACGAACAAAAAGGAAGACACUGCAACCUUUAAGUCUUCCUGUUUUAUUACUCAACGUUUUGGGGGAUUUUUACAAUUUUAUAUUGAUAUAUAAAAGACGCACUUUUUAUUCAAUUUGGGGUUCGCCUCCCAGUGUUUCUCUUCAGUUAAUUGUUUUUGUUGCGGGUUGGGGUUAAAGGGUUUCUCUCCCCACUCUGGAUUUGUCAGCUCACCUCCCCAAAGCAGAGAGGAAAGGCCUUCCCGUAUCUUUCUCUUCUCAAUGUGUCGUCCGCACUCUCUCUCGUUUAAUUCUUAACUAAAAUCCUCAAAAUAACCCACCUGUUCUGGAGGUGCAACAUCGUUUUAUUUAACUUGUCUUCUCUGUCCUUCCCUUUCUCUCUCUCUUUCUGUCUCUGGGCAUCUUUUUUGGAAACGAGUACUUCCAAGGACAUUGCUUUGUUUUCUUUCCCGAAACCCAUCCCCUAUUUUUUUGGGAGAUCCCCGGGAAGGCGAUUGGAAAGCAGAGAGCACGGUGUCUUCGAUUUUUGUCCCCAGCAAUUGUCCUCAGAAACCCACACAUGGAAUGAAUGUCUCUGACCCCAGAGCCUUGUCGAGGGGUCUCUCACCUGGACAGCAUCUUGGUGACUUCUGGACGAGUUUGUUUCUGCAGGCAGGAAAAGGCAAAGAGUGGAGAGGAAGGGACACGUUACUUUCUCUCCCCCUUCGAAUCCACAGUGACUUCUCUCGGUGAAAUGAAGAGGAAGGAGCGAGACGUUUCUUGCUGAAUUUGAGCUGGACAACAGUUCUCGGUGAAUUUGGGCUGCAGCGAGGCUCCUCUUCAGCUUUUAUUUUCUGCCCACACCGACAAAGCUCGCCUGGCCUGGAGGAAAGAGGCAGGGUGGAACCUUCUGUCGAAUACCCCGCGUUUUUGUUAGAAACCACAGCAAGCGAAAGAGACGCAAAGGGACCCAGGCGGCCAUGGAGGGCCCAGGCCGACCUGGAGGUUACCGCCAGAGCCGGAGGUCCCGCUCCCAAAGGGACAGGGACAGGAAGCUGGCCGGCUCUGGGGCUCGGGAGAGCAGGCCUUACUCCCCGUCCUCGGGCUCCGAGAGGGAAGCAGGAGAGGGCCCGGCUUCUGGGACAGGCCCAGGACUUGGCCUUGGCCUGGGCUCCGGGCCUGGCUCGUCCAGGCCCCGUCCCCCCCGGCGUAGGAGGAAGGAGUCGACGUCCUGCGAGGAGGACAUCAUCGAUGGGUUUGCUAUCGCCAGCUUCCCGAGCCUGGAGGCACUAGAGAAGGAGGCACUGCCCAAGCCUCCCGAGCGAGUGGAUGGACAGCGCAAGCCGCUGGAGAAGCGGAAACCCGAGGAUGCCAGGCCGAGCUCGCCGGGCGAGGGGCCAAGGAGAGCCGGCAGCUCCGACCGGGAGCAGAGCCGGCACAACGGCGACAGGGAUCACCAGAGCUCACCACCCACCAAAAAGGUCAGUGCUCUUCGGCACCGGGAUUCCCCGCUUCGGCCUGAGGGGGACACAUCCGGGAGGGAGUUACGGACUGGAAUCUGA